UUCAGUUUAAUUAUCAUACGAAUCGUUGUCGCUUUCAGUGAGGUAAAGGGUGACGAUUUAACUGCAAUUCCAAAUGGUCAGCGAGCAAGGGACUAAAAAUCAGGUUUGCCCGCAAAAGGUACCAUAUUCGCAAGAAAGCAGGAUUUCUACCAUUCAAAAACGACAGGAUACGUGGUCGACUUCCAAACCAAACCAAUUUCGGCGCAUCUACAACAACUUAACAAAAUUCUCUGCAAAAUUCUCUGCCAUAAAUUUUGCUUUGUAUUUCAUGGUGCUCAAAAACUUGUGAAACUUACUGUUCCCAAAAAACCCAAAUGGCGCUGGAGGGACUUGUUGAUUGGUACUGUAGGCCUGUGGAGAAUGGCAAGUGGGUGAUGCUGAUUCCAAAUGCUUUGGGGCCUUACACGCCUUGUGCAACUGAAACCCUGGUGGUUGCUCUGUCGCAUUUUGUCCUAUGGUGCUUGAUUUGUUACAGAAUUUGGUUGAUAAGGAAGGAUUUUUCUGUCAAGAGGUUUUGCCUGCAAUCGCGCUUAUUCAACUAUGGAUUGGGGGCUCUCGCCGCCUACAACACGGCAGAGCCACUGUACAGGGCUGUUAUGGGAAUAUCUGUGGUUAAUUUGGACGGUCAGGGUUCUCUUGCGCCUUUUGAGGUUGUUACUUUGAUAGUUGAAAGUGUCACUUGGUGCACUAUGCUGGCUCUACUGUGCAUUGAAACUAAAGUCUACAUAAGGGAGUUUCGCUGGUACAUCCGGUUUGGAGUCAUUUAUGUUCUUGUUGGCGAAGCUACACUGUUCAAAUUUAUUCUCACUCUAAAUAGUUACUUUGACAGGUCCGUUCUAUAUUUGUAUAUCAGCGAGAUCAUAUGCCAGGUUGCAUUUUGCAUAUUGUUGCUAUUUUAUAUUCCCAAUUUGGUCCCUUAUUCAGGAUACAUUCCUGUUGAGAAUGGAGCUUCCACUGUAGCUUGUGCAGAGUAUGAACCUCUUCCAGCUGGAGAGAAUGUUUGCCCUGAGCGACAUGUGAAUUUCUUUUCCAGAAUCUUUUUUAGCUGGAUGACGCCCCUCAUGAGAGAAGGAUAUAAAAGGCCUGUUUCAGAUAAGGAUAUUUGGCAGCUUGAUACAUGGGAUCAAACUGAGACUCUUUAUAAUAACUUCCAGCGAUAUUGGGAAGAAGAAUGCAAGAAGCCAAAACCAUGGCUAUUAAGAGCAUUGAAUAGUAGUCUAGGAGCCCGAUUCUGGUUUGGAGGCAUGUUCAAGAUUGGAAAUGAUGCUUCACAAUUUGUUGGCCCUAUUGUUCUGGCCCUUCUUUUGGAGUCAAUGCAACGAGGAGAUCCUGCAUGGAUUGGCUACUUAUAUGCAGCAGCAAUCUUUCUUGGAGUGUGUGUAGGUGUAUUAUCUGAAGCACAGUACUUCCAAAAUGUCAUGCGUGUAGGCUUUCGCAUAAGGGCAACCUUGGUUGCUGCUGUAUUCCGGAAAACUUUGAGAUUGACACAUGAGGGACGGACAAAAUUUGCUUCUGGAAGAAUAACUAACAUGAUGACUCAAGAUGCUGAAGCUCUUCAGCAAACUUGCCAACAGCUACACAGUCUUUGGUCAGCUCCUCUCCGGAUUGUUGUUUCAAUUACCCUCCUGUACAGACAACUUGGGGCAGCAUCUUUGAUUGGUGCAGCAAUACUAGUGCUUCUGUUCCCAAUACAGACUUUUGUGAUAAGUAGGAUGCAGAAACUAUCUAAGGAAGGGUUACAGCGCACGGAUAAGAGGAUUGGUCUAAUGAAUGAAGUAUUAGCUGCAAUGGACACAGUUAAAUGCUAUGCAUGGGAAAAUAGUUUUCAGGAAAAAGUCCAGCAUAUUAGGAAUGAUGAGCUCAGCUGGUUUCGAAAGGCACAAUUACUGGGAUCGUUCAACAGUUUCAUUCUGAAUAGUAUUCCAGUACUUGUUACGGUUGUUGCUUUUGGGGUAUAUACUUUACUUGGUGGUGAAUUAACACCUGCAAAAGCCUUUUCCUCUCUUUCCUUGUUUGCAGUGUUGAGAUUUCCACUGUUCAUGUUUCCGAACUUGAUAACCCAGAUUGUUAAUGCUAAUGUGUCUCUAAAAAGACUAGAGGAUCUCUUCCUAGCAGAAGAGAGAAAGCUACAACUAAAUCCACCCCUGCAAUCUGGUCUUCCUGCUAUAUCAAUUAAGAAUGGAACUUUUUCUUGGGACAGGAAGGCAGAGAACCCUACACUUUCCAAUAUAAAUCUAGAUGUCUCGAUUGGAAAUCUCGUUGCUGUUGUUGGGACUACUGGAGAGGGGAAGACCUCUUUGAUCUCAGCAAUGCUCGGAGAAAUACCAUCAAUGGCAGAUACAGAGGUUGUUGUCAGGGGAACAGUUGCCUAUGUGCCACAAGUUUCAUGGAUCUUUAAUGCAACAGUUCGUGACAAUAUUUUAUUUGGAUCCCCAUAUGAUCCAAUACGUUAUGAAAGAGCAAUCCAUGUCAGCGAAUUGGAACAUGAUCUUCAGUUUUUACCUGGUGGUGAUCUCACAGAGAUUGGUGAAAGAGGAGUGAACAUUAGUGGUGGGCAGAAGCAAAGAGUUUCUAUUGCAAGGGCUGUAUAUUCUGGUGCAGAUGUUUAUCUAUUUGAUGAUCCUCUAAGUGCACUUGAUGCACAUGUUGGCCGCAAGGUUUUCGAUACAUGCAUUAAGGAUGAGUUAAGGGGGAAAACGCGUAUCUUGGUCACCAAUCAACUGCAUUUUCUUCCACAUGUGGACAAAAUUGUUCUGAUCCAAGACGGGAUGAUCAAAGAGGAGGGAACAUAUGAAGAGCUCAUCAGAUAUGGGUCAUUAUUUCAGACACUGAUGGAGAAUGCCGGAAAAAUGGAAGAUGAGAUAGAAGAAAGCAUCCCCAACGGAGAUAAUGAACCGAAGGUUAUUGUGUUUGAGGGCAAUGGAGAGCCAAUGAAGAGUGAGAAAAGUGAAUCUUUCAAGAAAACAAGCAGUAAGACGAGGGAGGGGAAAUCAGUUCUCAUAAAACAGGAAGAGCGUGAAACAGGAGUCAUCAGUUUUAGUGUUCUUCAGAGAUAUAAAAAUGCACUAGGAGGCUUCUGGGUGGUUCUUAUUCUAUUUUCGUGUUAUGUGGCAUCUGAGGUUUUGAGAGUCUCAAGUAGUACGUGGUUAAGUGUGUGGACAGAUGAAAGUGCCACAAAGCACCAUGGAGCCAAUUUUUAUAACAUUGUUUAUGCCUGUUUAUCUUUUGGCCAGGUAAUGGUGACAUUGAUAAACUCAUUUUGCUUGAUUUUAUCAAGUCUUUAUGCUGCCAGAAGGUUACAUGAUGGUAUGCUCACUUCCAUAUUAAGGGCUCCGAUGUCAUUCUUUCAUACCAAUCCAAUUGGACGAAUCAUCAACAGAUUUGCAAAAGACUUGGGGGACAUAGAUCGGGAUGUUGCUAUCUACUCAAAUAUGUUUUUGAACCAAAUUUUCCAGCUUCUUUCAACAUUUGUUUUGAUAGGGAUUGUGAGCACCAUAUCUCUAUGGGCAAUAAUGCCACUUCUGAUCAUCUUUUAUGCAGCUUACUUAUACUUUCAGAGUACCUCACGAGAGAUUAAGCGCUUGAAUUCCAUCUCCAGGUCUCCUGUUUAUGCACAAUUCGGUGAAGCAUUGAAUGGUUUAGCUGCAAUCCGUGCAUACAAAGCAUAUGAUCGGAUGGCAAAGAUCAAUGGAAAAGCAAUGGACAAUAAUGUUCGUUUUACACUGGUCAAUAUGAGCUCCAAUCGUUGGCUUGGUAUUAGACUAGAGGCUUUGGGAGGUCUGAUGAUCUGGUUGACAGCAACAUUCGCUGUUUUGCAAAAUCAACGUGCAGAUACAGCUGCAUUUGCUCCAUUGAUGGGUCUACUUCUGUCAUAUAUCUUGAAUAUUACCAGCCUGUUGACAAAUACUUUACGGUUGGCAAGUCAUACAGAAAACAGCUUAAAUGCUGUGGAAAGGGUUGGAACCUAUACAGAUUUGCCUUCUGAAGCCCCACUUAUUAUUGAGAAUUGCAGGCCACCACAAGGGUGGCCUUCAUCUGGGAUUGUUGAAUUCAAAAAUGUAGUUAUGCAGUAUCGUCAAGAUCUCCCUCCUGUUCUUCGUGGUAUAUCUUUCAGAAUAAUGUCAACUGAGAAAGUUGGUGUUGUUGGACGCACUGGUGCAGGAAAGUCAAGCAUGUUCAAUAGUCUGUUUCGGAUUGUUGAACUAGAAUGUGGAAAAAUUCUCAUUGAUGAUUGUGAUGUUUCUAGGUUUGGAUUGAAUGAUUUGCGUAAAGCUUUAGGCAUUAUACCACAAUCUCCAGUUCUAUUUUCAGGGACAGUACGGUUCAAUCUUGAUCCAUUUGGUGAACAUAAUAAUAAUGAUCUUUGGGAGGCUUUGGAGAGGGCACAUCUAAAAGAUGUCAUCAGAAGAAAUGCUUUGGGACUUGAGGCAGAGGUUUCUGAGGCUGGGGAAAACUUCAGUGUUGGCCAACGUCAGUUACUAAGCCUUGCUCGUGCCUUGCUUCGGAGAUCAAAGAUUUUAGUUCUUGAUGAAGCUACUGCAGCUGUGGAUGUUGGAACUGAUGCCCUUAUACAGAAGACUAUCCGUGAAGAGUUCAAGAACUGUACAAUGCUUGUUAUUGCUCAUCGAAUUAAUACAAUUAUUGACUGUGACCGUAUACUUGUUCUUGAUGCAGGCCAGGUCUUGGAAUUUGACACUCCUGAGAAUUUACUUUCUGAUGAGGAGAGUGCUUUUAGUAAAAUGGUCAGCAGCACUGGAUUUGCUAAUGCACAAUAUCUACGGAAUAUAGCUCUUGGAGUCAGAGACACAGGAGAGCAAUUUGAAAACAAAGCAUUUGAAAAUAAAAGGAAGUGGACAGCCUCUGCACGUUGGGCUGUUGCAGCACAAUUUGCUCUUUCUUUGAGUUUGACUUCUUCACAGCAAAAUCUGCUAGCAAUAGCUGGAGAAGGUACCGAGAACAACAUUCUUCAAGAAACAAGAAAUGCAGCUCAGACCCUACAGGAUGUUUUGCAAGGAAAGCAUGACAGUGCAAUUGAAGUGGCACUGGUUCAGCAUCAGGUGCCCAGGGAAAAUUGGUGGUCCGCACUGUUUAAAGUCAUCGAAGGCUUGUCUGUAAUGAGCCGACUUGCUCGAAACAGAUUUAAUGAAGACGAAUUGGUAUUGGAAGGCAGGGACAUUGACUGGGGAAAUUUGAGUAUGUGAAUGAUGCCCAAUGCAUCGGGCAUUUUGGGUAUUUUAGUUAAAGAUAACUAUGGGAAGAGUAAUUAGGAAAGCUGCAGUUGAUUUCCAUGAGUAUGGCUCAUUGGAACUUAUUAUGAAUAUAGCCAAGGUAGUUUAAAUUGACACCAAAUGAUUGCAAUGAAUGAAAAACACCAUUGCUAAGAGAACACUGGUUUAAUGGAAUGAUAAUAAUUUUCAAUCUCCCUUUGUACUUUUCCCAAUUUCCUUGCCAGUUUUUUGCAGUGUUUCUCUGAGUUUCCAUGAUGGGAAGAUGCUGGGAUGGCAACAAUUUUCCUAAAUUUUGGGGAUGGUAGGGGACUAUAUAUAUACAUUCUCCAUGCG